UCUCACUGUAAAGUCCGACUACGGAAGAAAACCGAACGGAACCUACACCGGGAGGAGAGCCGAACGUGUCGUUGGAACUUGCUCAAACAUUUUCACGCCGUAGCCGUUGCUCCCUUCUCCUGAGGCACCAACAAAAGAUUUUCAUUCGCUCUACUCCUACAUUCGCCAGACUGAAUCAUAGUAACACGAACGAGUGGUAUUUAAAAACAUAUUGCAACCCAUUUGCUCGUGUUUACCAUUUAAGAGUCUGCCACUCCGAGGUGUAGUUUCUCUUCAAGAGGCGAGGAAUGCUAUCGGAGCAUCAAUGUUUCACUGGGGAAAGUGGAAGAAAAGGAUGGGAGCCAAUAGUUCUUCAAAAAAACCCGUUUUCGACGAAAAGGAAGAUGUGAACUUUGACCACUUUCAAAUAUUGCGGGCCAUUGGGAAAGGCAGCUUUGGAAAGGUAUGCAUCGUUCAAAAGAGGGACACAGAGAAGAUGUACGCCAUGAAGUACAUGAACAAACAACAGUGUAUAGAAAGAGAUGAGGUCCGAAACGUCUUUAGGGAGCUUGAGAUUCUACAGGAAAUUGAACAUGUUUUUUUAGUAAAUCUCUGGUACUCAUUCCAGGAUGAGGAGGACAUGUUCAUGGUGGUGGAUCUCCUACUCGGAGGAGACCUCCGUUACCACCUGCAGCAGAGUGUCCCCUUCAGCGAGGAUGCUGUUAAACUUUACCUCUGUGAGAUGACACUUGCACUAGACUACCUGCAAAGCCAGCACAUCAUCCACAGAGAUGUCAAACCAGACAACAUUCUUUUGGAUGAACAAGGCCAUGCUCAUCUGACAGACUUUAACAUAGCGACAAUAAUAAAGGAUGGAGAGCGCGCAACGGCCUUAGCAGGAACCAAGCCGUACAUGGCGCCAGAGAUCUUUCAGUCCUUUAUGAAUGGAGGAAUGGGCUAUGCCUUUGAAGUAGACUGGUGGUCACUAGGGGUGACAGUCUUCGAAGUUCUUCGGGGAUGGAGGCCUUAUGAUAUCCAUGCCAGUAACUCACUGGAGUCUCUACUCCAACUCUUCAGCACAGUCAGUGUCCACUACAGCCCAGCCUGGCCCAAAGAUCUGGUUUCUCUCAUGAGGAAGCUACUUACAGUGAACCCUGAACAUCGUUUCUCCAGCCUGUCUGACAUGCAGACUUCUCCCUACCUCGCAGACAUCAACUGGGACGCCAUUUAUAAAAAGAAGAUGGAAGCCGGAUUUGUUCCAAAUAAAGGUCGCCUUCACUGCGACCCUACCUUUGAGCUGGAGGAGAUGAUCUUGGAAUCACGUCCCCUUCACAAGAAGAAAAAAAGAUUGGCCAAGAACCGUUCUCGAGACAACAGCAAAGAUUCACAGUCUGAGAACGACUAUCUACAGGAGUGCCUUGAAGCAGUGCAGCAAGAGUUCAUGAUCUUCAACCGUGAGAAGUUGAAAAAGCGGCAAGAAGAGGGUCAUAGUGAGGCUGCAGGUGACGACACGAGUAGAGAUGGCGAUGCGGAGGCCGGCGGCACUGACGACGAUACUGGCGAACCCGAAGUGGAACCGGAGCCCGAGUCCUCUUCCAAACUGAGCAUGUGUGGCUCGGUGUGCUCCUCCCCUGGCAGCUGCUAGUGCCACAUCAUCUCACAGGAUGAAGAUCUUUCAGUGCAAUGCCAAUAUAUAUAUAUAUAUUUUCCCCUCUCUUUUGCAGUAGCCAGGAGGGGAGGAAGCACACAGCAGCAGGAACUGAUGCACUGCAGGACUCAAUUUUUUUUUUUUUUUUUUUGUAGCACGCUUCCCCGGUAAGGCAAGAAUGAAGCAGAUUCUCCACCUCCUUGUUCGCCCUUCACAAUGCUCCAACUUCUAUGCAAUGUUACAGUUGAUUCACAGCAUGACAAACAGUAUCACACACUAGGAGAUGAGGCAGAAUGCUCGGCAAACAUGAUGACAUCCUGAGCAAGAGACUUAUUUUGGUUGCUUUGGUGGUUUUAGUAGAGAUGAUUCUCCUCUCCUUCUCUUCAAAAUGACGACUGAAUUAUUCAACAUGCAGAGGGAAUUUUAUAGUUUUUAGCCUGUCUCUACUUCACUCUUGCCCUCGGCCUCUCGUGUCAGGAAUGCUCUAAUUCAGAGUAAUUGUUUUUAUCUCAUGUAUUGGCAUACUGUCAUUGCUGUGUAUACCCACACCUUCAGAAAAUCAUUCCCCUUUAUGCAACAAUGUUAAUCUUAUAAUUUGCAUUAUUCAUAUUUAAACCAUGAAUGUUAGAAGUCAAUAUACUUUACAAUAUAAUUAAUAUAUAUAAUUAUAUAUAUAUAAUAUAAUUUACCGUACACCCACUAAAAUGUAUUAAUUACUUCUACAUAAUCAGUGAACCUAUGUAAAGAUCCAUUAUCUCGGACGUAGUAUCCUAUAUGGUCUGACUUAAGGUAAGUCGCUUCUGGGAGUAAAUACCAAAAAUUGAAAAUUGACUUUGCUUUUCAAAAAUUUUUUUUUUUUUUUUUUGUAAGAUGGCCCUCCUGCAGUGCUCAUCCUGGGAAUUAAACUAGUUGUCAGUAAUCCAAAAUUGUUUUCCCAAUGAAACAGUAACGUCAUAGUGAUCGUGGUGCAGUUCAUACUGGACCGUUGUUUUUAUUUCAAACAUGAGAACAUGUAGCAGUGAUCCUUCUGUUAUAAAAUGAAAAAAAUAACAUGUAAAUAGCCUAGAUUGUGUAUUUAAAAAGGUUCACCACAGUUUUAUGUGGGGCUGCAAACGCGACAUGUAAACGCAACUAAAGGAAGAGUUUUGUGAAGUCAAUCCUUCGUAUUGCUUCAUUCUGCUUCUAGCUCCAAGUGUGCAGGCACAUCUUGUAGGCAACGUAGGCCAAAGCUUUUCUACCAUUUGCGUAACCAUUUCUAAAAGUGUGUAUGAAUGUAUCUUUCUUCUUUGUCUAUGAAAUGGAUUACACAGUCCAGGGUCUAAUCAUAUCGCCAAGAUGUGGAACGCGGGAAUUUAAUGACAUGUACAAGCUAGGAUUUAGUUUAGUUUGGCGUAAGUUAAAUCCGAGAGUGUUGAAGAAUUGGCUAAAACUUGCAAUUCACUGUCAAACCCUCUCUUUGUUGUUCUACGUUAUCCACAAGCACAUCUAAAGGUGAUGUAGGAAAUUAAAAUUGGUUUAUGGUAUGGAAAUUUCAAUGCAUUUACUAUUUUUAACAGUAGUCUGGUAAGUGUCUUAACAAUGGAGUCUCUAGGGUCAAACACAGUUCAUCACAGGAUAUGGGAAAACCUUUGGAUUUGUAUGGGAUAUAAUUGAAUUAAACCAACUGAAUUUAGGCAGAGGAGGGUGAAAAUGAAAGUGUGUCGCUGCUGUGCUUCGUGACAUUUAAGUUUCCAACGCUGGGAGGCAUAACAAUACAUGUGGCAUGCUGAGUUACCACCGUACUGGCAGUUUUUUAUUGGUUUGUUUCAUAUUAGUGGCCUAAAAGUAUUUCUCAUCCAAAUAUUUACUGUAAUUUUAAAAUUUCCAGGUUAUGAAUGGCAAACAAUUAACUAGCGCUGCAGUGUAAAAAUUCAUGAUCAUGUGGCGUAAAAUGGGUACGCUCAUUACUACUGGUGUGCUUAGCUUUUUCUUUGGGUGUUUUAUGGCUUUAAAUUGUUUUCCAUAAAAAUAUUUACUCUCAAUAUUCACGAUUCAUGAUGAUAUGUGAUGACCUCUGUACAAAUUUGUGUCAGACAACCUCGGAACCGAAUCAUCUAUCCAUGAACCCUUGUGGUGUCACAAGAUUGCAAGUUUGAAUCAUUCUUACUUCUCAUGCAGUUAAUCCUUUGAUACCUGCUGGUGUGGUAUCCUGACCUAUGACACGAUGUUCUUCAGAACCUCUUUGAGGCGAAGACCCCCCAUAUUUUGUAAUUUCAUCAAAGUUCUAUGUUUGGGGUGGUUGAAGUUUGACGUUCCGCUGUCAAUUUGUCCUUUUAAAAACAAUGCAUUUCCCAGAAUUUUAGAUUUUAGAUUACUAGUUUUAUUAAACAAGACAAAAUGUAGCAUUA